AAAAAUGCGAGAACAGAUAGACAAGGAGGGGAAGUCACAAAAUUUGGGGGGAAAGAAAAUAAAAACUUGGGUUUUCUCAUUUAAGUUUCCUUGGUAAUAAAUUUGAAUUGCAACAAAGGCGCUCUUCUUGGAGCCUAUGUACAGUCCGAGUCGGCAUCUUCCAUUUCUCUUCCUUAAACGAGCAGAAAGCUACUAGCAAUGGCGAUUUUCUACCCCGAUUCUCAAAUCUCCACCACCACAGCAUCCGCUCAGGACCCUUUGUUGCCUUGGCUCUGGUCCAUCAAGGAUGCUCUUGAAAAUUCAACUUCAGGCAAUGUUUCUGGGCCAGAACUCGCCAAGCUUCUCUCUGAUUGCAUUGAAAAUUUCAGCGGCGAUGUCAAGUACAAAAACGAUAUUGGUAUGAGGGAGGAUUUUGAAACUGGUUUCAAGGAAUUGUUGGAGCAGGAGAUAUGCAUUGGCCAUUCUUUACUUUAUAUUUGGUUGGCAGUGUUUCUUGAAUCCAAGGGGAGGUUAAACGACGCUAACAUAGUUUAUGAGCUUGGGUUGAUGAGGAACGCUGAGCCGCUUGAGUGGUUGAAAAAGGCAAAAACAUUGUUUAUUGAUAGGAUAUCUGAGUUGGUCAAUACUCAUUCAAUGCAAGUGAAUGAUGUCAGUGAAUCCACUAAAUUUGCAGAAAGUUACAUCAACCCUUGGUCUUCCUCCACUAUGAACGAUUUAUUAAGCAAGAUUAGUCCAAAGAUUAUGAAGUAUGAUGGUUACCAUUCAAGUACUAAAGCUUACUCUAAAAAGAUGACUCUAAAGUCAUUGCGCAAUUCAUCAAGAAAUAAGAUUAUAGAGAUUGGUGGAAAGAAGUACGAGAUUAAAGGCUGUGCAGGUACAGGGGGUUUUGCUCAAGUAUAUAGAUCAUAUCUUGACAGCAACCCAGAUGAUGUAGUGGCACUGAAGAUACAAACACCUCCAUUUCCUUGGGAGUUCUAUAUGUAUCGGCAACUUGAUCUCCGUGUCAAUGGGAAGGAAAGGUCAAGUUUUGGUUGUGCUCAUGCCAUGUAUCUCUAUUCUGACUACAGCAUACUUAUAUGUGAUUUCUUGGCUCAUGGAACAUUACAGGAUGCCAUAAAUUCGUAUGUAGUCCUUGGAAAGACAAUGGAAGAAGUUUUAUGUAUUUAUUACACCAUAGAGAUGCUCUACAUGCUGGAAACUUUACACAGCAUUGGCAUUAUCCAUGGGGAUUUUAAACCUGACAAUCUGCUUAUUCGUUAUGCGGGAGACAACCUAACAGAAGAUGAAUUUCAGGAACGUAGUGGUCCUUGGCAAGAUCAGGGGCUUUGCCUUGUUGAUUGGGGAAGAGGUAUAGAUUUACACCUCUUUCCUGAAAAUGUAGAAUUUAAAGGAGAUUGCCGAACUUCUGGCUUUCGUUGUCCAGAAAUGCUAGAGAAUAAACCCUGGAAAUUUCAGGUAGACAUAUAUGGCUUUUGUGUAGUAGUCCACACAAUGCUUCACGGUUCCUACAUGGAAGUUGAGAAAAAGCCUUCAUCUGAUGGUGACUUUGUUUAUUUACCCAAAACAUCUUUUAAGCGGUAUUGGAACAUUGAACUAUGGAAGAAUCUCUUCACAAAGCUGCUUAAUAUCACACCAGGUGAUUACAACAAGGAGUUGAUACAGAGUAUAAGGAAAUCUUUCCAGGAUUACAUGUGCUCCAACCCUCAGCUUAUAAGGAAGUUAAAGGAAUUACUUGCAAAACAAAGAGCUUCCUUGUGUAAUGCUUAAUCAAUAAACCCCUCUUGGAAGUUGUAAAUUCCCCAAAAAAUGUAGGUAGUAGAAGUCAACAUUUAUAUGGCAUGGUUCAUGUUUGCCACUUGCAAACUUGGAUUAGUUCAUUCGAUUUGAUGAUGAAAUGUUUGUAUUCUUUAUGUAUUAAAACCAAAAAAGUUUGAAGAGUUGUAAUCUAAGGGGUCUUCUUUGGACUGCUGUGCCUUGUAGGCUUCAUUGUUUAUCUUAAAGGUUCUGCUGUAAAUGGAACGUAGUAGGUUGCAUUAAAA